UCCUGAAAUGUCUAGUGGUUCACACGUUGGAUGAAAUUCUUUACAAAACUAUAACCUGAGAACCCGGAACGUGCGUUCGUGUGCGUGUGUGUUGGACUAUGUAUUAAUGGCCAAUUCGAGCACCGAACAAUUUUGAAUUAAGGUAGACUCGCCUCACAAAUAUGCUAAUGGAUUUUUCAAGGUGGUCCACCAGGUGGAAAACGAAAAGAUGGUGUUUACAUCCUACUGCAACUACAGUCCUCACCAUCAUUUUUCUUCUGCACGCUUCCGAAGUGACAGCAGCUGGACCAGUGGAUGUGCUUAAGUUGUUUGACUUUCACAGCACUCCAGAUGGAGUGACAAAAGUACCAGGGUUCUGCACCCUCCGAAGAGGAUCCAAACCGGACGUAGCCUUCAGAGUAAACAAAGAAGCCCAGAUCAGCACUCCCACCAAACACUUUUUCCCAGGAGAAGAGUUUCCCCAGGACUUCUCUAUUCUCAUGACCAUCAAGCCUAAAGCUGGGGUGCAGUCCUUCCUGUUCUCCAUUUACAAUGAACAUGGCAUUCAGCAGAUGGGUGUGGAAGUUGGGCGCUCCCCAGUUUUCCUGUAUGAAGACCAGCAUGGGAACCCUGCCGCUGAGGACUACCCUUUAUUCCGUGGGAUCAACUUGGCUGAUGGAAAAUGGCAUCGUGUUGCCCUUAGUGUGGAGAAGAAUACUGUGACCAUGAUUGUAGACUGCAAGAAGAAGAUCUCCAAAGCCCUGGACAGAAGUGACCAUGCAGUAAUCAGUACAGAUGGAAUUGCGGUGUUUGGCACCAGAAUCCUUGAUGACAAUGUUUAUGAGGUAAGUGAGAUUGAGACACCUCAUAUGUGAAGUGUAGCCUUUUAAAUCUAUACUUAUCACAUAUUUUUUACAAGGGAUAUAACUACCAUAGGGGAAGAUCUAAGGAAUAUCUUGGAUCAGGAAGUUACAAUACAGUACUUGAAAACCAGUGCGCAAGGUUUAAAAAAAAAAAAGAUUUCUGUGGGUCCGCACUUUCAAGUAAAUACAAUAUUAACUACUUACUAACCGAGAGUGAGGUCAUGCCGGGAAAUAUCAAACUGAGGCUUUAACGUAUCGACCGAACGAUAGCGAGGUUGAUACG